AGGUGUUUAAUGUGCACGUUGUUUUCAUUUCUUGUAUUUCGUUGUAUUUUUAUUUUUAAAAAAUGCAGCGAAAAGAGGUGAAUCCCUUCCAGACACUAGGUCUACGGCCCUGGCUAGUGAAGCAGCUAACCAAGCUGGGCCUGAAAGGAGCAACUCCUAUCCAACAAAACUGCAUUCCAGCGAUCUUGUCAGGCCAGGAUUGCAUUGGAGCAGCCAAGACUGGAUCGGGAAAGACAUUUGCCUUUGCACUACCCAUUCUGGAGCGUCUUAGCGAGGAACCCGUAAGCCACUUUGCCCUGGUGCUGACGCCCACACAUGAGCUGGCCUACCAGAUAUCCGAGCAGUUCCUGGUGGCCGGCCAGGCUAUGGGGGUGCGCGUGUGUGUGGUUUCCGGCGGCACCGACCAGAUGAUCGAGAGCCAGAAGCUUAUGCAGCGACCGCAUAUCGUUGUGGCCAUGCCGGGUCGCCUGGCAGAUCACCUUACUGGCUGCGACACCUUCUCAUUCGACAAUCUUAAGUACUUGGUGGUGGAUGAGGCCGAUCGAAUGCUUAACGGCGAUUUCGACGAGAGCCUAGCCAUCAUCGAGCGGUGUCUGCCCAAGACCAGGCAGAACUUGUUCUUCUCCGCCACCAUGAAGGACUUUAUGAAAGAGUCCAGCAUAUUUCCCAUUGCCAAAGAUUGUAUGGAGUGGUCCCAGGACUCGGAUGUGGCCACUGUAGAAACGCUGGAUCAGCGCUAUCUGCUGUGUGCUGACUACGAUCGCGACAUGGUGCUGAUUGAAUCGCUUAGGAAAUACCGCGAGGAGAACGAAAACGCCAAUGUGAUGAUUUUUACCAAUACUAAAAAAUACUGCCAGCUACUGUCAAUGACACUGAAAAACAUGGAUAUAGACAAUGUAUGCCUACACGGCUUUAUGAGGCAAAAGGAGCGUGUAGCUGCCCUCAGUCGCUUCAAAUCGAACCAUAUUCGCACACUGAUCGCCACAGAUGUGGCUGCCCGAGGUUUGGACAUACCCAGUGUCCAGCUGGUUAUCAAUCACAUGCUGCCACGCACACCCAAGGAGUACAUUCAUCGCGUGGGACGGACAGCAAGGGCCGGACGCAAGGGCAUGUCCAUAUCCAUAUUCCGCUUUCCGCGCGACCUAGAGCUAUUGGGCGCCAUCGAGGAGGAGAUCAACACAAAGCUCACCGAGCAUCCCAUCGACCAGCGGAUGGUUGAGCGAAUUUUCAUGCAGGUGAAUGUGACACGCCGCGAGUCAGAGAUGCAGUUGGACAACAAUGACUUCGAUGAGCGCGCUCAGAAUUACAGACGCAAGACAUGGAUAAUGGAGGGCAAGGAUCCGGAUGAAAUGGAAGCGCUAUAUCGUAAAAAGCAAAAGGAUAAGCUGAAGGAAAUACGACGAAAACGGAAGCUGCAACAGGCAGAGUCCGCAGCUAGCGAGGAGGGAAAGGCCCUUCUUCAAGAUGAACGCUUCAAAUCGGUGGAUAGUGCUCGCUUUGAGAAAAAAGGCAAAGGACAUAGUAAAGCCCCAAAUUCUGAAACCGAAACAAAGCCACUGAAGCAGCUAAUCAAAGGAAAUCAAAGUGCCCAAAAGUCCAAAAGAAAACAGAAAACACAAACGCAAGUUCAGAGAAAAAUGAAAAAGUGAUU